AUGAAUAUUACUGAUGCGGAUCUAUUACAUGCUGCUACUGUAAGAUCAGUCAUAGCUGAACAUAUUAUUAAACAACGAAAACAAGAAAAUAUCGAUUUAAUUAUUUCAGCUGUUGUUGAGUGGACAAUAGAUUUUAUUGUAACAAAUAUUCAUACAUGGCUUGAAAGUCAAAACUAUUUGAAUGAGUUUUUGAAAAUUAUUCAUAAAACUCCAGAACAACGAAAUUAUACUAGUCAAUAUGCCAGUAUUUUUGGAACAAUAGGUAAUUUAAUUUAA